AUAGCCUGAUAGCAUUUAUUAAAAACGUUGGUGUUGCCAAUUGUUAUCACAGUUUGUUGAAGUGUGUUCGUGAAGUCAGUACGAUGGCUCCGUGGCUAGAGUUCCCCCAUGAAAUGAAAAAUGUAACCGGUGAAGAAGACAAAAUUCUGAGAAAAUGUUUACUAGGUUACACAAAGCCGUUUGUGCGAUGCGGCGAGAAAGAGUUUGUGAUGCCUGGCAUGUACAGGAAGCAUGCUGAGACUAUCUACAACUUCCAAGUGCGGCCUGAUGAUGUGUGGGUCAUCACUGUUCCUAGAUCUGGUACAACAUGGGUGCAAGAAUUAGUGUGGUUGGUGGCUAACAAUAUGGACUUCAAAACGGCAAAAGACAAGCCUCUGUACAAGAGAUUUCCUAUGUUAGAGAUAUCAACACACAUCCCAGAAAUCGCUGUGGAAUUGAUCAAGAUAAACUUCUUCAACUUGGGCAACUUCCAAGGCCUAAGCGAUGCAGUCAAGGAAAGGAGUUGGAAGACAUUGGAUAAAGCACCUUCUCCGAGAUUCAUUAAGACUCAUCUUCCAUUGUCGAUGUUGCCACCGAACCUGCUCUCGACCGCGAAGGUUGUAUAUGUGGCGAGGGAUCCCAGGGAUGUGGCAGUGUCAUACUACUACCUCUAUAAGAUGACGAGUAAAAGUCUAAUGAGGGCCAAUUUCACUCACUUCUGGGAAGCUUUCAGAAGAGAUUUGUUACCGUGGACCCCUAUAGUGGCACACGCUAACGAAGCGUAUGAAAAGAGACAUCAUCCAAACCUACAUUUCGUGUUCUACGAAAAUAUGAAAAAGGACCUGCACAAAGAAAUAAGCAACGUCUGCAAGUUCCUGAACAAAGACUACACAGCCGCACAGAUCGACAGGUUGGCUGAACAUCUUAGCUUCGACAGUCUAAGGAAAAACAAAAAUGUCAACAACACCACUAGUAAAGAUUCUGAAAUACAAUUCAUCAGAAAAGGUGAAGCAGGAGGCUGGAGGACACAUUUCGAUGAGAAAAUGCAGUUGCAAGCUGAGGAAUUCCUCCUAACAAGGCUAGCAGGGCUCGAGCUAUCGUACCCUUCCUUCCCCAUCAACGAAAUCACUAGGUUAUAACACAUACGUACCUAUUUAUAAUUAUGUAUAUAGAUAUAAUAUCUACGCUUUUCUGUGAUCGGUAAAUGUGGAGAGUGAAUGGGAACGUGUCAAUAUUAAUGUGAUUUAUUUUUUAAGCUUUUUUAAAAUAUCGAACACCGGUGAAGUUGGUUAUACAUUGCGUUCUUUUGAAUUUGAAUUUAACGGUCGAAAUGAUUCUUAAGAGGUUAUGAAUUAAAAAAAUAGUUGAGCUAAGGGCUUUUGGUUUGACAAUGAAAAUAGGUUUUUUUAAUAGAUUGAUUGCUUAUGACUUAUAUCUUUUAUGAAUCACAUUUUCAUUUUAGUCAACUAACGAUUUAUCAAAAUAUUUCACACUAAUCGUUGCGCUUGUCACUUAAUAUUGAUUGAUUGAUUGAUUGAUAAAAAUCAGCUUUCUCAUUAUUAAAAUAUAAUUUCUUGUAAUAAUUCUUUUGAACCAAAUUCAAAGGCGCAGUGUCUAGUCAUUCUUAGAACACCAAACGGGUUGAUUUGUAAAUAUUUAGUUUUUAAGUUCCUUUAUUUAAGUUACUCUUACUGCUUCAGACUGCCUCGUUGGUUGCAACGACCAUUGACUAUGUCUUGUACACAAAUUAUGUUAUACUCAUACUUUUAAAACUAACCAUUUAUUUUUAGUUAGGUAUUUACUUUUAAUUCAAGUACAAGAGUUUGACUUCUAAGUACUGAGCAAUAGUGUUGAAUUUGCAAUAUUUACUACUCGAGAAAAACUAUUUAUUUUGAAAGGAUUAGUGCUCGAAGUAAAGUAUCAAAUAAUUUGACUGAUUGUGCAUUCUAUGUUAUAUACCUUCUUACUUGUACAUAGUAAAGCUUCAAACUUAAACAAUUCAUACACAUUGUUAUGUAAUUAAUCGUGAUUGCACAUAAAAUUAAAACAAUAUUAAUCGCUCAGCUCAGCUUGUACCUAAACACUUUUGAUUUAACUUGUAACCUAUUAUUUUUUCAAAUUUUAGUUAGAAAAUUCUAACGAAGAGAAUAAAUAGGUAAACACUGAAUGUAAAUACAAACGUGUUUUGAGUUAGCAUUAGGUAAAUAAUUUGCAUGUGAUAAUUUUACUGUUAGUAAAUUAUAGAUUAGAUAUAUUGUAUUGUCAAUAAUUUUGAUGUGAUAUAUAGGAUUACAACAUUGUAAUAGUUAUAACGGUGCUUUUCCACCAGAGAUGUGCUGUGGAUGCGUUUGGCUUCCACCAAUCAUAUUCUGAUGGAAACGGGCACAGCUUACCUGUUCUUAUAUGGAAAGAUGCGUGCUAUGGAUGGCUUCCCUACCUCGCAUCUUCUUUGCACAGCUACAUAGGUACAAAACCUCAGUGGAAAAGGUCACAUAGUUUCACAGCUUAGCUAUUACAUCUUCGUAGCAUAGCUAUAUAGCACAUCUUUGGUGGAAAAUCACCCUUAUUCUUUUGGUAUAUUAUAAUGUGAGAUGGUAUUUUGUUAUAUUUGCUGAUUAAGUAAUCUUUAGCAUUUGAAUUUUCGUUAAGAAAAUUUUAAAUCAAUUUAGACAUUGUUUCAUGAAGGAUUUAGUUUGGUUACAAACUAAAAUACGUAGAAUAUCAACAGUCGAAAUUGUUAUUGAUAUAAUUUUGUUGUCGGUAUAAUCAAGCCCUUGUUACCUCGUUAUGUUGUAAUAUAGAAAUGUUAUCUGUUGUAAUAUAAUUAAAUAGCUUGUAAAGCUUUAUUUUGUACAUAAUAUAAGUAAGCUUAAGUUAUUAUAUAAUAAAAUAAGAAGAUUUUCUAUCAAAUAAAAUUCAUAUUUACACCUAA